AUGUCUUAUGCUGGAAAAUUGGUGCUUGCACCUAUGGUUAGGGCAGGUGAAUUACCAACAAGAUUAUUAGCGUUACAACAUGGUGCUGAUUUAGUUUGGUCACCUGAAAUUGUUGACGUUAAAUUAAUUCAAACAAAAAGAUUAAUUAAUGAAAAAUUAAAUACAAUAGAUUUUAUUACUACAUCAAAUAAUAAUAAUAAUAAUAGAGAUUCAACUAAUACAGUUGUAUUUCGUACUUUACCAAGUAAAGAAUCUGGUAAAUUAAUAUUUCAAAUUGGUUCAAAUAAUCCAGAUCGUGCAGUGCAAGCAGCUUUAAAAGUUGUUAAUGAUGUCGAUGGUAUUGAUUUAAAUUGUGGUUGUCCAAAACAUUUCUCCAUUCAUUCAGGUAUGGGUGCUGCAUUAUUAUCAACACCUGAUUUAUUAUGUAGUAUUUUAAAGAGUUUAGUUAAUGAGGUUGGUAAACCAAAUAAUAAACCAAUUAGUUGCAAGAUUAGAAUCCUUGAUAAUUUACAAAAUACAUUAACUUUAGUGGAAAAAAUUUGUUCAACUGGUAUAACUAAUUUAACUGUACAUUGUCGUACAAGAGAAAUGAGAAAUAGGGAUGCUCCAAGAUGGGAAUAUUUAAAAGAUAUUGAAAUUAUUUGUCAAAAGGCAGGUGUUUCAUUAAUAAUGAAUGGGAAACUUAAAGAUAAGGCACAUUUUAUUAAUACGAGAAAAGCACUUGGACUACCUGAAACUGUUGGUGGAAUGAUUGCAGAUAAUGCAGAAUCAAAUCCAUCUGUAUUUAAUGAUUCACCAUUAAGUUGGCCACUUGUAGUUAAUGAAUAUUAUCAAAUUGCAAUUAAGAUGGAAAAUCAUUUUGGUAAUACAAAGUAUAUGUUGAGUAGAAUUAUUCCAGGUAAACAAAAAAUGUAUCAAUAUGUGACACGUUGUAAAAAUUAUGAUGAAUUAAAUUAUUUAUUAUUACAAAUGGAUAAUAUUACAGGUGAAUGUAAAAGUAACGAUCCUUUAAAAAAUAUUGAAUCAAUGAGAUUGGAUCAAAAACAGCAACAACAAACAGAUAAAAAAAGAUCAUUAGAAUCGGAUACAGAUUCUAAUAGUAACAAGAAGCAAAAAUAA